CUUGCGGCGCUGCGUUACGUCGGCGCUGUGCGUGCCGCAAGAUGGCGGCGGGGCGGUGCGGGGCGGACGGGGCCUAGUGAGGAAGAGGAGGAGGAGGAGGAAGAAGAACCGCCACCCUCCGGGCCGCCCAUGGCCUCGGAGCCGCCUCAGGAGCCUCGUCCCAUCCGAGCAGCACCGCUACGAGACCGUUCUAAGGGCUGCUGAGAGCUGCAGCCCUGUUGUGUGGCUGUGGGUUGAGACCAGGCCUGUGUGUAGGCCCCACCAUGUCCGAAGCUCAGCCCCAUGGGCAGCACCCCCAGCCCAACCACACCGGGGCCGCUGGGGGAACCAAUAGGGCCGGGAGGAACGCGGCCCUCAAUCAAAACCCGUUAAUUAACGUCCGAGACCGGCUGUUCCACGCGCUGUUCUUCAAGAUGGCAGUGACCUACGCGAGGCUUUUCCCUCCUUCCUUCCGUCGGGUCUUCGAGUUCUUCGUGCUGCUCAAGGCUCUCUUUGUGCUCUUCAUCCUGGCGUACAUUCACAUCGCCUUCUCCCGUUCACCCAUCAACUGUUUGGAGCAUGUGAGGGACAAAUGGCCGCGUGAUGGCAUCCUGAGGGUGGAAAUCCAGCGCAACUCCAGCCGGGCCCCCAUCUUCCUGCAGUUCUGUGGUGCUGAGAAGUUCCCAGGAAUGGUAGUUGAGCCCACGGCUGAGGAGGAGGAGGAGGAAGAAGAAGAAAUGACAGUGGAUAUGUUUGAAAACAGCUCUAUCAAGUUUGAGCUGGAUAUAGAGCCCAAGGUGUUCCUCAAGCCAUCCCGGAUGAGCAGCACCGAGGCGCUGGCCCACAACGAAAGCCAGGAGUUCUCAUUUAGUGAAGCAGCCACUAAAGGUAUGCAGCCUCUGCGGGAGACUGUGUCCGAGUUUGAGAUGCUAGCCAGAGCAGUGUGGCCACAGGAGGAGUACAUUGUGGAGUAUUCCUUGGAGUAUGGGUUCCUGCGCCUGUCCCAGAGCACGCGGCAGCGCCUCAGCAUCCCUGUGAUGGUGGUGACUUUGGAUCCUACCAGGGAUCAGUGCUUUGGGGACAGGUUCAGUCGUCUGUUGCUUGAUGAGUUCCUGGGUUAUGAUGACAUCCUGAUGUCAAGUGUCAAAGCCUUAGCUGAAAAUGAAGAAAACAAAGGUUUCCUUCGCAAUGUGGUGUCUGGGGAGCACUAUCGCUUUGUCAGCAUGUGGAUGGCCAGGACAUCUUACCUGGCAGCCUUUGUCAUCAUGGUUAUAUUUACUCUGUCUGUUUCGAUGCUCUUACGCUACUCACACCAUCAGAUCUUUGUCUUCAUUGUUGACCUAUUACAGAUGCUGGAAAUGAACAUGACAAUUGCAUUCCCUGCAGCUCCCCUGCUCACUGUUAUUCUGGCUCUAGUAGGUAUGGAGGCCAUUAUGUCAGAGUUCUUCAAUGACACCACGACUGCGUUUUACAUCAUCCUCAUCGUGUGGCUGGCUGACCAGUAUGAUGCCAUCUGUUGCCACACCAAUACGAGUAAGAGGCAUUGGCUCAGGUUCUUUUAUCUGUACCACUUUGCCUUCUAUGCCUACCACUAUCGGUUCAACGGGCAGUACAGCAGCCUGGCUCUGGUCACCUCAUGGCUGUUUAUUCAGCAUUCAAUGAUUUACUUCUUCCACCACUAUGAGCUGCCAGCCAUCCUCCGACAGAUCAGAAUCCAGGAGAUGCUGCUGCAGAACCAGCAGGUGGGUCAGGGCACCCAAACGACUCUCCAAGACAACCUCAACAACAACACUACCCCAGCUGGGGCAGAGGUGGGCAGCCACCGGCCCCACCUGGCUGCUGGCCCCUCUGAAGAGAGCAGCAGCCCAGCAGCUCUGGCUCCUGGUGAGGCCUCCAGUGUCAUCAGCACCGCCGCAGCCUCUUCUGUUGGGAGCGACCUGAACUGGGUUGCUGAGACAGCUGCCAUCGUCACGGAGGCCUCAUUUCUUUCUGACCUGAGCUCUUCUCUCCUGGAGCCAAAUGUGGUGCACGAAGCUGUGGCUGCUGGGAGCCCUCAGGAUGCUGCUGCUGCUUCCAGUUUGGUCGCACGCAUCAGGGUGAGCAGCGACCACCCGGACACUGCUGUGGGCUCCAUCACCAUUGAGGUCACUUCAGCAUCUGUGGUUGCUGCUGCAGAUGGUCCCACUGCUGCAGCUUCACCCCCCAUCUCUGUGCAGGAGGAUGGGGCCUCCAUCCCCAGCCCUUCCCCUGCUGAUGAGCAGACUGAGGCUGUGGAGAGCUCAGACAGCCAAGCAAAACCCAGUGGCAAGAACUGCAUUGCGAAUGGCAGUGUGGCAGAAUCCCCUCCAGCCUUUGUGGACAACACUGAUCAGGACAAACUCUUGGGCUGCACUCUUGGGGACCGGGGGGAAAGCGGCCCUUGCCCAGCACCAGCAGAUAGUACAGCCAGCUCCAGGCCUUGCUCGGAGCCAGACUUAAGGAGCCUGUCUUGAGUCCUUGUUAUUGUCACUCUGGACUGCCAGGAAGGCAUUUGGAUUUCGUUUGUUACUAUUUCUCACUUCACCAUCAUCCUUAACCCAUGAAUUCCUCUUAACGGAGGCAGAGCAGCUGGGACAGAGAGAAGAUGCUGCAGUGAACUCCCCAGAGAACAGCACACGUGUGCAUGUAUGAGGCUGGCACACAUGGGACUGCUCAGGGCCAGAUUCUCCCUGCAGUGAGGAGAGAGUUAAGGGCAUGUUUGCUCCCUCUGCCUGCAAGGCACUGGGGGAUCCCUGUGCCACAGCUGAGGCUGUGGGUGAGCAGGCUGGCUGUCAUUGUGCUGUCACAGCUCUUCUUUGCCCCUUGAGGUUGUGUUGCAGUCCGGUUGUUGCUUGCAAACAUGAGCUGAUUUGUGACAAACCACGUGUGUGCACAGUGACCUUCUGGUUAGAAUAGCAGCUGUGGGUGAGCAGGGAGAGCAUCUUCAGCCACACCUGGGAGAGCAACCAGCAGCCAAGGACAAACAAAUCACAAUCCCUUUUGUAGGGGGAAAAGAAGCUCAGUACCUCCCUUCAACACUGGAGCUGCUCACAGCAGAGCAAAGCUGGGUAAUAACCAAAGCAGAAACUGCAUUUUAGCCCCAUUUCUUUUUUCUCCUGACAUUCAGCUUCCUUUAGUCAAUGGGUUUUGGGGGGGUGGGAGGGGAGAAGUGUGUCCAGGUCCAGCUUAGAGCAUCCACCCAAGGAAGGACGCAUUUGCACGUGGAAACAGUAAAGGAUUUAUUCAACCCUGGAGGAAUUCUGUCCCCUUGUGGCUCUGCAAGACCCUGGUGAGUUUGGCCCCUCUGGUGCAUAAAGUGGGAGCUCCUGCUAUGCCAAAGGCAAAUGGUACCAAUAAUAUCCUCUGGGAGCUGACAUGUAGCCUCAGUGUCUAUUUGGAGGAGGAGGAGGAGGACAGCAGCUCUGUCUCUGUACAGCUCUGCUUUGGGCACCUGCAGCUGCAGGUGAGGCUGGUUGUUUUUCAGUGCCUUGUCCCUUCAAUGGGACACGUUUGUGUUUUGAGAUCAGCCCCAUCCCUGAGGUGAGGUUGGCGUCGUGUUGGCUCAGCUGUCGCGUCAGGUGGUUUAGCAAAGAA